AUGGCGCCUUCAGAGGUGAUUGAUGAGGUACCAUCUGGCACCACUACUCAAAAAGUCACCGGAGGCAAAGUCAUUGCCAAGGUCAAUGGUGUGAAUGGUAUCAACGGCCAUGCAUCAGAGACCGAGAAAGAUGAAAAGGAUAUCACGAGCGCUUCAGAUGAGAACAAAGCUGAGGAUGCUGCCGAGCAGAAGGAAGAGGAUAAGACCAUGAAGUGCGAGAUCAAGCAUCUGGACCGGAGGUACGACGAUGACGACGAGCAGUAUUACGAGGAGCGCAAGAAGGAGGUCCAGGCGCCCGAGCAGCAGGACUGGUGGGAACUCUACGCUUUCUGCAUUGUCCGACACUUCCACGCCAGCGGCGACUACGCAUUCACCAAGCUCGUCGUCAACCCGGAGCCGCUCCGCAAGCUCCUUCAUGACCUCAUCGGUGACUAUCCCGGCUUCAACCUGGAUCUCGACGACAUGCAGAUCUCGAGCCCGUACCACUCGCUCUUCCACUACCGCAAGGAGAUUGAGGAGGAGGGCCGCAAGCGGUUCGCCGAUGACGAGGCGUCGCUGGCCCAGCAUGCCCUGCUCAUCGACUGGAUCAACAAGCACUUUGAGCUAGACAUUGCAGCGUACGAGCAGUGCGUUAGUGCCAAGGUCAAGAGCAUUGCCUUCGAGCACCUGUGGACCCUCUUCCCCGCCGGCAAGAUUGUCCACGCCAAGGUCAUGAACCACACUCGCGCCUUCCGCGUCAAGAGCAACUGGUACGAUGAGGGUGAGAUCCCUGGCCUGGGCGUCAACGUUUCCUACAUCGAUUACGACGGCGAGCGGCUGGGCACGCGGAGGAUGGACCUCUUCCUGCACAAGUACGCCAACCGCCACGAGCUCACCGACCUUGACGUCAUGCCGCUCGACCUCGACGACGACGCCGAGAACCUCCGCGCCGAACUUCUCGAGCGCGGCCGCAAGUUUGAGAGCCUCGUCGGCGGACAGCACCUCAGGCAAUACAGCGGCCUUGCGAUCAAGAAGAAGGAGAUGGGUUAUGCCCGGUUCGAUGUCAGCGGUCGCGUCAUGAUCGACGUCAAGACGUUCCACCGGCUCGAGGCCAACGAUUCUUUCAACGUCAAGGAGCUCCCCUACGACAAGGCUGCCCGUGCGUACCGUCUCGCGCGCAAGGCUGCCAAGGAAAACUUUGUCGAGGGUAGCGCGCGCAGGUUUGACCCGCUGAGUGACGAGGAUGCGUGUCUUACCAAUUCCACGGUACGCGGAUACUCCUUUGCUGUCAAGCGGUUUCUCGAGUUCUAUGUAGAUCAGCUCAGUGACAUUGAGUGGAACGACAACUGCUUCGACCAGCUCGUGCUUGACGAGGGCACCAAAAAGACCGUCCAGGCGCUUGUGUCGAGUCACUCCCGCGACCGAGAGACCUUUGAUGAUAUUGUCAAGGGCAAGGGCCAGGGCCUCGUCUGCGUGCUACACGGUCCACCUGGUGUCGGCAAGACCUUGACCGCGGAAUGCGUGGCCGAGUACGUGCGCCGGCCCUUGUUCAUGGUGAGCUCGGGCGACCUGGGCUCGACCAGCUCGUCGCUGGACGCCGAGCUGACCAAGAUUAUGGACAUGACUUCGACAUGGCGGGCGGUACUACUCAUCGACGAGGCUGACAUCUUCCUCGAGCGGCGCUCGCUGCACGACCUGCACCGCAACGCCAUGGUGUCCGUGUUCCUCCGCGUCCUCGAGUACUAUUCGGGUAUCCUGUUUCUCACGACCAACCGCGUCAACACAUUCGACGAGGCCUUCAAGUCCCGCAUCCACAUUCCCAUCCGCUACACGGAUCUGUCAGUGGAGUCGCGUGCGACGAUCUGGCGCAACUUUUGCAAGCGCGUGCCCGGCGGCGUCGACAUUGACGAUAAGGGUAUCGCCAAGCUCGCAGAGCACGAGCUCAACGGGCGGCAGAUCAAGAACGUGCUCAAGGCGGCCGAGAGCCUGGCCGCAUUCGACGGGGUCAAGCUUGACAUGAAACAGCUUGAGCAGGUCACCAAGAUCCAGGCCGUCUUCGAGAAGGACCUUAACAGUGUCGCGGAGAUUGACUACACCGCCCCGGGCUCUUCUCGCAAGGACGCGGACCGGCGCAACAUGUUCUUGUAA